UCUCGAGAAACGACGUGUCCAAAAUGAUCGUCACCGGAAAUUUCGUUAGACGCACAACUACUAUCUGCAUCUUGGCUAUGCUGCUCUGCUUGGGGUCUCGCGCUUCCGGUGAAUACGAAGCAAGGGAAAUGGGCUUGAACGGCGGAUCAAACGACGGCUCGUGUAUCGAAGGCAAGUGUAUGAAACGUACCACGCAGGACAUCACCAGCGGUAUGUGGUUCGGACCGCGGUUAGGAAAACGACGCAGAUCGGAUGAGAAACAGGAAGUGAGUCCCGAGAUAGAAGUUCUGGCGAAUGCGUUGGACGGUGUGCGUUGGGCAGUCAUCACGAUUCCCGCUAACGACAAGAGACAACCGUCUCAAUUUACACCACGUUUAGGACGAGGAUCGAGCGAGGAUCUACCCUCCUACGGAGAUUCGCACGAAGUCGACGAGGACGACCGUCUGCUACCGCCGAUAUUUACGGCUCGUUUAGGACGACGGUUUCCUUGGAUACCAUCGCCGAGACUCGGACGUCAAUUGCGCAACGUAUUACGAAAAUUAUAGAUUUAAUUCCGAUGAAAGAUAAAAGAUCAUUAAAAAUUGAAGAAUAAAGUAGAUUUGCGCGAUUGUGCAGAUCUGACGAAACGACAACCACAGCACUAUUAUAUGUAAGAUAUAGAGAAAUAAAGUACAUAUAUAUAUUUGUAUUGCGAAACUAA